CUAAGCUAAACCACUUGAAACUGAUCGUGCAAAUCAGCGCGUCGUCACCCGUCAGGCAUUGCCUUUCUCCACGCCCUUUCCUGCUUUCCAUCCACAAUGCUGCGCGCUGCGGCCACCGCGGGGUUCCCGGCGCGGCUCGCCGCCAAGAGGCCGCGGGCGGCGACUGCCGCGACGAGGGUUGUGGUGGUGGGUGCCGAGGUGAGGUCAAUGCUUUUCAGGGCGCUGCGGUGCGGGCCAGUUCCGGUGCCGAGGAGGAAGGCGUGUUUUUGCUCCAACGCCGACGCCAGAAGCGGCCCUGAAGCGGUGGAGGGCGCAGAAGCUACUGGUGGGGAGGAGGGCGAGGGGGAGAAUGCCUCCUCCGCGAUCGUGCCCGCUGCUUUCCGUCCCGAGGACUGCCACACGGUCAUAGCUUUGCCUCUGCUACAGCGACCGCUAUUUCCAGGAUUUUACAUGCCAAUCCAUGUAAAGGACCCAAAGCUGUUGCAAGCUUUAGUUGAAAACAGCAAAAGAUCUGGUCCAUAUGCUGGGGCCUUUCUAGUCAAGGAUGAUGAAGGUACCAACCCUAAUACUGUGACCAGUUCAGAAUCAGAUAAUAGCAUUCAUGAUUUGAAAGGUAAAGAAUUGUUGAAGCGUCUUCAUGAUGUUGGCACGCUUGCCCAGAUAACAAGAAUUCAAGGGGAUCUGGUGGUGCUACUUGGUCAUCAUCGUGUACGGAAAACUGAGAUGGUUGCAGAGGACCCACUUAUAGUCAAAGUUGAUCAUCUAAAGGAAAUGCCUUAUGAUAAGGAUGAUGAUGUCAUAAAGGCAACGUCUUUUGAAGUUAUAUCAACUUUAAGGGAUGUUCUCAAGACAAACUCCCUGUGGAAGGAUCAAGUUCAAACCUAUACCCAGCAUAUGGGUGACUUCAACUACCCAAGACUAGCAGACUUUGGUGCUGCUAUUUCAGGUGCCAACAAGUUGCUUUGCCAGGAAGUUCUUGAAGAGUUAGAUAUAUGCAAAAGGUUGAAGUUGACCCUUGAGUUAGUAAAGAGGGAAUUAGAGAUUAGUAAGUUGCAGGAAUCCAUAGCAAAAACAAUUGAAGAAAAAGUAACUGGAGAGCAGCGCCGCUACUUGUUGAAUGAGCUACUUAAAGCAAUUAAGAAGGAGUUAGGAUUGGAGACUGAUGAUAAAACAGCAUUGUCAGAAAAAUUUAGGGAAAGGAUUGAAGCAAAAAAAGAUAAGUGCCCUCCUCAUGUCUUGCAAGUCAUUGAAGAGGAGCUCACUAAGCUUCAGUUAUUAGAAGCUAGCUCCAGUGAGUUUAGUGUGACUCGCAAUUAUUUAGACUGGCUGACAUUAUUGCCUUGGGGAGAUUACAGUGAUGAAAACUUUGAUGUCUAUCAUGCUCAAUUUAUUCUUGAUGAAGAUCACUAUGGUCUAGCCAAUGUCAAAGAAAGAAUACUGGAAUUCAUAGCAGUUGGAAAGUUGAGAGGAAGUUCGCAAGGCAAGAUUAUAUGUCUUUCUGGGCCACCUGGAGUUGGUAAAACUAGCAUUGGACGUUCAAUUGCACGCGCAUUAAAUCGGAAGUUCUACAGAUUCUCUGUUGGAGGCUUGGCUGAUGUAGCAGAAAUCAAGGGUCAUCGGAGGACGUAUGUUGGAGCAAUGCCAGGGAAGAUGGUGCAAUGUUUGAAAUCAGUCGGGACAGCAAAUCCUCUAGUUCUGAUAGAUGAAAUUGACAAGCUAGGGAGAGGGCAUUCAGGUGAUCCAGCCAGUGCACUAUUGGAGCUUCUUGAUCCUGAACAGAAUGCUAACUUUCUUGAUCAUUAUCUUGAUGUCCCUAUUGACCUAUCCAAGGUCCUAUUUGUUUGCACUGCAAAUGUCAUAGAGAUGAUACCAAACCCUCUACUGGACAGGAUGGAGAUCAUUUCUAUUGCCGGUUAUAUAACUGAUGAGAAGAUGCAUAUUGCUAGGGACUACCUAGAAAAGAACACAAGGGAGGUUUCUGGCAUCAAGCCUGAGCAGGUUGAGGUUACAGAUGAUGCUCUUCUUGCUCUAAUUGAAAACUAUUGCCAGGAAGCUGGUGUGCGGAACCUUCAAAAACAUAUCGAAAAGAUUUACCGGAAGAUAGCUUUGAAACUUGUUCGUCAAGGGGUAUCAAAUGGUCCACCUCGAGACAUCACAAUAGUGGAAGCAAAAGAAGACUUGGCCAGUUUUGAUGUUGCAAUAAAAGUAGAAGAUGAGAAAUCCAAGGACUCUCUUGCGAAAGAUGCUUCAGUGGAUGUGAACCCAAUUGAUUCUUCUCUUGAGAAUAUCAAUGCUAUUCCUUUAACUACGGAGUCAGAAAUUGGCCACAAUGAGCAUUCAAAUGAAGAUCCAAUAGAAAAAAAUUUACAAGAGACAACUAAAUUAUUUAAUACUUCUAGCGCACAAGAGGCCAACAAAAGCGCACAGAGAACUACGGAAGCGCUUGCAGACAAAUCUGUGGAGAAAAUUAUUGUCAACGCAUCAAAUCUGGGCGAUUUUGUUGGGAAGCCUGUCUUCCAAACAGAGCGUAUAUAUGAUCAGACUCCUGUUGGAGUAGUAAUGGGUUUAGCUUGGAAUUCCAUGGGUGGUUCGACCUUGUAUAUUGAGACUGCAAAAGUAGAGGAAAGUGAAGGCAAGGGCGCACUUGUGGUGACAGGCCAGCUUGGAGAUGUCAUGAAAGAGAGUGCUCAAAUCGCGCAUACAGUUUGUAGAGCUGUAUUACUAGAAAAGGAACCAAAUAAUCCCUUUUUUGCAAAGUUAAAGCUGCAUUUGCACGUUCCUGCAGGGGCAAUCCCAAAGGAUGGACCGAGUGCUGGAUGCACAAUGGUUACAUCAAUGUUGUCCUUAGCCAUGGGGAAGUCUGUCAAGAAAGACUUAGCAAUGACUGGUGAAGUUACUCUGACUGGACGAGUUCUGCCAAUUGGUGGGGUGAAGGAGAAAACUAUUGCUGCCAGGAGAAGUGGGGUAAAGACGAUCAUAUUCCCAUCAGCGAAUAGAAGGGACUUCGACGAGCUGGCUUCCAAUGUAAAAGAAGGUCUUGAAGUCCACUUUGUUGACACAUACAAUGAAAUAUACGAUAUAGCUUUUGCAAGUGAUGCCGAGACACAAGAAAGCUAGUGGUUGAUGGCUUAAAUUCAUUCUGCAUUUCAAUUCUUGGUGACAACAAAUACUCAAGCAUUCAGUUUUUCAUCAAGAUCAGUGACCUUAAAGAAGUCUUUAAUAUCCCUCACAAUUAUUUUUACACAGCUGAAAUUGCAUGAGCCGAAAUAUGCAUGAUCGGGAAUCCAGACAACAGGGCUAGGGGAAUUCUUGCAAGAGGGAACUGCCAAUAUAGCUUGACAAGUUGUAAAAAAUUAUCUACCUCCUCUCUUCCUGUAAAAUAACUGUUAUUUACAAGUUCAGAAAGACAAACAAUGGGAAUGCAGAAGUGUAGUCAUUCUCUAACUUGUAGCGGAGUUCCCUUGGCUGGUGCAUGGUCAUUCCA